AAUAAAACAAUUAAGGCAAAUUAGCAAACCCAUGAUUAAAGGUGAAGACGGAGGGUCUUUGCCUCUCUCUUCUACUCUCUCCCCUCCGUCUCUCUCCCUCUAUCAUAAUCAUCACUGAAUUCUAGGGUUUUGAUUUCCCUCUCUAUGGAUAUCUAGCAUUGCUUCCGGAUUGGGUCGGGGAAGUCACAGCUCGAUCUUCGUUUCAUGGGCGUUAUCUAAAUCAUUGACCCAUUUUCGUGGAACAUUUCCUAUUCGUUUAUGGAGGUAGUGGAGAUGGAGGAGACAAACCCUGAAAGUCAUAUGACAUCAGCUGCAGCCUUUGUGGAAGGAGGAAUACAACAAGCCUAUGAUGAUGCUUGCAGCAUAUGCCUUGAGGAAUUUUCUGACAGUGAUCCAUCAACGGUGACUAUUUGCAAGCAUGAAUUUCACCUUCAGUGCAUCCUUGAAUGGUGCCAGAGAAGCUCUCAGUGUCCCAUGUGUUGGCAACCUAUUAGCCUGAAGGAUCCCACCAGCCAAGAAUUGCUCGAGGCAGUAGUACGUGAGAGGAGCUUCAGGGUUGCUCCACCAAGAAAUGCCACAAUAUUUCAUCAUCCCACCUUUGGUGAUUUUGAAUUGCAGCAUUUACCGGUGGGUGCUAAUGAUGCCGAACUUGAAGAGCGUAUAAUCCAGCACUUGGCAGCUGCUGCAGCAAUGGGAAGGGCCCACCACAUUGGUAGGAGGGAAGGUCAGAGGAGUCGACCAACUGCCCAUGGUCGUCCACACUUUUUGGUAUUCUCCACUCAUCCUGGCGGACCGCCUGGUCCUGUUUCUGCCCCCAUAGGAGACAAUGAACCAGCUGCAAUCAGUGGGGCUAGUCCAUCUACCCCGCUUGCAUCUGGUGGAGAUGAACUAUCACAGCCAGUUUCGCAUUUUCCUUCUGUUCAUACCGAUCAAGUUUCUUCCCCAUCAUCUGGAUCCACUUUCCUCCUGACAAAUCAUCAGGGAAUUUCAUUUAACAAUCGGAGCCCUGCUAGUCAUUCCUCGCCGCCGAAUCAAGAUAGAGCAGGGCCAUCAGAUUUUCAGUCAUUUUCUGAGUCUCUAAAAUCUAAAUUUAAUGCCAUGUCAAUGAGAUACAAAGAAUCGUUUUCAAAGAGUACAAGAGGGUGGAAGGAGAGGCUUUUCUCUCGUAAUAAUUCCAUUUCAGAUAUUGGAUCUGAAGUUCAGAGGGAAGUGAAUGAAGGAAUUGCUAGUGUAUCUCGAAUGAUGGAUCGCCUUGAAACCAGAGAAAGCAGUACUGCCAGCGAAGCUUCUGUAGCAAAUCAUUUGGAUGAUUCUUCUGUCACAGAGCAGGGCAACCAGAACAUUGUGGAGACUCGUGAGGAAAACCCUUUGAAUGACAGCAAUCAACCAGCUUCUUGUGCUGCUGGGUCUUCGGGUUAAAUUGUUGAACAUUGUUUCAGCAAUUGCAUCUAUCCUGAGCAUUUCAUAUUUGAAGGUUGGCUGUUUUCUCCAGAAAUGACAUGCUGAGGGCCAGAUGGCUUUGCAAUGUACUUUAGAGGUCAAUGGUCAUUGUGGUUUAAAUUCAAAUAAAGGGAGAGAGAGAGAGAGAGAGAGGAAGUCUGGGAAAGAGCUUCAAUCUGGACAGAGACUUAUAAAUGGGUAUUUGUAUCUGAACUUGUUUAUAUGUAAGUAAAUGACCCAGAUGUGACGCUGGAUAUGUAUUUUACUGUCUGGAUGGCUUAGUAGAUUUGGGUGCUAAUAUUAAUAUAAAUACAUAUGUUUCUGACA